UGUUGCGCGCCAAGCUUCUUGCAAGCUUCACGCAAAUCUUGCGUAUUAAAAAGACUGACGGUGACACGAUACUUCAUUAUUACUUAUUACCAACAUGAGGCGAUCUGCUGCACCGAGUCAAAAAGGUUCGGCCACGAAGAAGCCCCGCUUUGUUUGCCCGUUUGUGAAGUUGCCCAAUGACAAUGUAGGAGACCCAUCACCAGUAUCUGAGAAAUCAGCUGCGACUGAACCAGCACCUGGAUUAGUGGCCAUUGAUAGCAGUAACACAUCUACAGUGGCAAUACCACAUGUCCCUGUCAGUGCAGUAGGAAAGGAGCACUCUACAGAAAAUGAUUUUGUGUCGCCACAAAAUAAAGAAAGAUCAUCGCCAUCUAAAAGUGCCAUUCAGUAUAAGGAGAAUGUGCCAUGCACGACACAGUCUGCCGAUAGGUUAACAGUGCAGUCUAGACUGGCUCCGAAGUUCCGGGCUCCAUCGGCUUCCACGGUCUCACAAACGUUGCAACCAGUGGCUCCAUCUGUUCAGCAGGCCAGUGAUGAGGCACCAGUGAGCCACUACUACAGUGUUGUUUGGUGCAAGCUAUCCAAGAAGAAGCACAAGAAUUGGGAAGGCGAUGCUGUGCUGAUUACCAGGGGGCGUAGUGUGACUCUCAAAGAUAUUGAAGGAAAAGAGAUUGGCAAAGGUACUGGUUACAGGAAGACUGACAUGGAAAGCAUGCAGGAUGGUCACACACUAGUCGUUGGUGGCAAGGAGGUUGAAGUGAUGGGUUGCAUCUCAACAGAACAUUACAUGAGUGGCAAGUGCUUUCAGACAGCAUCCACAACAGUGGAUAAUACUCUGAUGUCAUCUGCAGCAUUGACUGCGCCACCAAAGCCUUUUGUCAGACCCCAAAAAGUUGGUGCAGAUGUUACCAAUGUCUCAGUGAAGAAGGUGGCAUUGUCUGUUAGACCAAGGCAUGAUCCAACUAGCCCCGGAGCGCUUGUGAUGCCAACUCCAUCUCGUAAACACCAGAAGGAAUAUAAUAAAAGUGGCCUGCCACUCGUGGACGUGGUUGUUGAUCCGUACCUGUCUGUAUACUUAAGGCCUCAUCAGCGAGAGGGUGUGACCUUCCUCUAUGAAUGCCUGAUGGAUAUGAGAGACUACAUGGGAUGCGGCGCCAUAUUGGCGGAUCACAUGGGAUUGGGCAAAACUCUGCAGUGCAUCUCCGUCAUUUGGACCCUGUACAAGCAAGGUGUGUAUGGAGGCAAGCCAUCUCUGAAGAGGAUUCUCAUUGUGACACCUGGUAGCCUAGUACAGAACUGGUGCAAUGAAUUUAAGAAGUGGCUGGGUAAAGAAAGGAUGGCUGUCUUUGCUGUAACAUCGGAAGCACGGGUGGAUGAGUUUGCGAGGUCGCCCGUCUACCCGGUGAUGGUUGUCUCCUACGAGAUGCUCAUGAAGUGUCACGCGGACGUGAGCGGCGUGAAGUUCGACCUGAUCGUCUGCGACGAGGGGCACAGGCUGAAGAAUGCUGCCAUCAAGACGACGACGCUGAUCAAUUCGCUGGACAUCCGGCGAAGGAUAGUGCUGACGGGCACACCCGUGCAGAACGACCUACAGGAAUUCUUUGCGCUUGUGGAUUUCUGCAAUCCGGGCGUGCUUGGUUCGAGCGCGACCUUCCGGAGGGUCUACGAGGAGGCGAUCGUGAGGUCGCGGCAGCCGGGCGCGAGCGGCGAGGAGCGACACGUCGGGGAGGCGCGGGCCGCCGAGCUGGGCCGCCUCACGGCCGAGUUUGUGAUGCGGCGCACCCAGGACGUCAACAACAGAUACCUGCCGCCGAGAGUCGAGAUGGUGGUGUUCUGUCAACCAUCCACACUCCAACUGUCCAUCUAUCGGCAGCUGUUACAAUCGCGGGCAGUCAAAAGUUGCUUGAAGCAAUACGACACAGAUGGCAGCUGCCACCUGGUGUGCAUAUCUGCACUGAAGAAACUAUGCAACCACCCGAUGCUUGUCCACCAGGCGGCGCUGCAGACCGACGCCGCUGAAGAAAGAGCUGUUGUUACUGAAGGCCUCUACGCGGGUGUCCUUCCCCUCUUCCCGAGUGGGUAUGGAGAGGAGGGUCUCUGCACGGAGGAUUCGGGGAAGCUUACUGUUCUCAGUGAACUGCUGAGUUCUCUGUAUAGACAGACACCGGUGGAGAAGAUUGUGGUCGUCUCCAGUUACACACAGACACUCGACAUCCUUCAGGAGUUGUGUGUGCACGAAGGCUACAGGUUCCUACGACUGGAUGGAGCGACACCUACAGGCAGGCGGCAGGACCUAGUCGAGCAGUUCAAUAGUCGUCACGGGCAGGAAUUUGUAUUUCUGCUGAGCUGCAAGGCUGGUGGUCAGGGCAUAAACCUCAUCGGUGCAUCUAGAAUUGUGCUGUACGACAUAGACUGGAACCCCGCCAACGAUCUACAGGCGAUGGCGCGAGUGUGGCGGGACGGUCAGAGAAGGACUGUCCACAUCUACAGGCUGUUGACCACGGGCUCAAUCGAGGAGAAGGUCUAUCAGAGACAGGUCAGCAAGCAGGGACUGAGUGGGGCCGUAGUCGACGCAAAGACUUUAGGCAAAGUUCAGUUCUCUAAAGACGAUUUGAAGGACCUGUUCAAGCUUAGCCAGGGAACUCCCAGCACCACCCAUGACCUGCUUGAUUGUGAGUGUCAUAUCGGCCAAUCUCGCCCCCCAGUGUCACACCGCAACCUAGCUGCAGGGGUCGCAAUAGAUCGGAUGUCUACCAGUCUGUCCAUGGACGAACUGAUGGACUGGGAACAUCACGCAGCACCGAUUAAUUACGAGUUGAUGCCCGGCAGCCAUCUUAAAUCGGCUGUGAACACGAUAAGCUUUGUAUUCAGAAAUGUAGCCAACGAGCAGGCAAAACCAGGAACAGUGGCUGAAUGACUCUUAACUUCCUAUUCUAUAGAUUUUGUUGUUAAAUGCACAAUCUACUGUAACAUUGUUAUGUAUAAUAUAUUACUUGUAAAUCUUAUUAUAUUGUAAACUUGUAAAUCUUAUAUAAUAAAUUAUGUUCUUACAAAAAUA